AUGGACAUUGUGCGGCCAAGUGCCCGUGUUGGUGUCGAGAUAUCGAGAUGGGCGUCGAGAGACACGCGGACAGCCUUCUCGACAGCGACAAAGGCUUGGACUUGUGUACAAUGUCGAAGUCGAUUGGACGCGAGGAGGACUUGGGGUGGAAACAUUGAGGGAGCUGCAGUGUGGAAGCGGCAGUUCUCGAGCACAUUCCGACGUCUGGACGACAAAUCGACUGAGACGAAGAGGCCGAUUGAGCCCGUCACCACAACAGCUGAAGCUGAGACUAGAUUACCGAAGGACAAGGUCGAGACUGAAACCCACGAAACGAGCACCCCAGCAUCGUCGUCCACCACUUUGCCUUCGCACACGGCAAACAAACGAUCGGAGCUAUCGCAAAGGACGUCAAAGAUACUGGACUCCCUACUGGCAAGAGCUUCGUUGGCGAGCCAGCAUAUAAACCAGUAUACGGGAACAGACUACUCUGGCAUCGAAGCACUUCGGAAGGAGAUCAUCGACCAGGAGCAGAAAGUCAGGAGUCUGCACUCAGAAGUGGAAGACUCAAAGUCACGGCAUCAUGAAGCAUAUGCGAAGCAGACGUCAGCACAACGAGAGAUUGUAGCUCUGCUCGAACGCAAGUCCUCCUGGAGUCCAUCAGAUCUGGAAAAGUACAUGAGCCUUGUGCGGUCCGAACAUUUGAAUGAUCAGGAUGUACAAGCGGCGAAGGAUAAUCUCGCAAGCGCAGAGCGGAGCCUUGAGGAUGCGCGGAGUCUUCUUGAAAGGUUGGAGAGAAAGCAGUAUCACGAAGAGCAGAUUUGGAGCGACACCAUUCGAAGAAACAGCACAUGGGUGACUUUCGGUCUGAUGGGGCUCAACAUCUUGCUACUGUUGACGCAGAUCGCCAUCUUCGAGCCGUACAGAAGGAAGAAGAUUGUGCGAGAGAUGCAAGCUGCGCUGGAUGAGAGGACCUUGCAUGCCAACCCAGCUAUAGAACCUAAAGCGGCCGAGAAGCAGGCUGGCAACGCGACUCCUCCCAGUGAUGCCACAUCCGAGACAAUUCUGGCAGUGACCUCCAGCACGUCGAACGAAGUUGUGGCCAAGGAGACACUUGCUGCUGGAGAGGUGCUGCCUGCCGAAGCGACGGAUGUGGUGGCUGCUAUUCCUACGCCAUCAGAGGUCGUUCAGGACGUAACUCCAGAAUAUAUCGCGGCUCCGAUCGGUUCCAAGGAGAACACACUGGAGGCAUGGCAGGAAGCGUUUCGAGAUCUGUUCAGCGAGCGGAUCGUGCAGCUGCGGAAGGUCGAUGUUACCAACACUGCACUUCAAGGAGCAGCUGCUGGCGUGGCUGUUAUGGGUAUACUAUUUGUACUGCUGAGGCCUCACUGA